UUUGUCAUAGGUUAAGCAAAAUGCAGGCUCCUUUGGCUCUCCUCAGCUCUCCAGCUCUGCUCCGGUGCGGUUCCAGGGCUCUGGCCAGACCAGCUUCAGUGUCUGUUUUCAGCAGGCCUGAGGUUCAGACUGUACAGCCAGCUGGUGUUCCCCCCUCACAGCUGCCCCGCCGCGAGCUCCAAACCAGCGCCGUUUCCCGGGAUAUCGACACUGCUGCGAAGUUCAUCGGUGCCGGCGCUGCCACGGUCGGGGUGGCUGGUUCGGGAGCGGGUAUUGGGACAGUGUUUGGCAGCUUGAUCAUCGGCUAUGCCCGGAAUCCAUCUCUCAAGCAGCAGCUCUUCUCCUAUGCCAUCCUGGGCUUCGCCCUGUCUGAGGCCAUGGGGCUCUUCUGUUUGAUGGUGGCAUUCUAUGUGACAGCUUCUGGUCCUGGCUGCGGCUUCCAUCACUCUGUCCUCUGCGGUUUGAGUCUGCUUCCGUCAGAGCCUUCCAGACUGACAAUUAAAGAAAAAAUUUCUCUAAAUAAACUGGUGGUUAUUUUUUUUUUUUCCCCUUAUGUUCUGGUGGGGAAGUACUUGGGGAAAUUG